GCCCCUCCAAUCAGAGGCUCGACGCGGGAGGUUUGAAUUUUACGGAGGUUCGGGGCUGUAGGCUUCUCUGUUUCGGGACAGCCGUGGUCUCCCAGACCCGCAGAAUUGUUUUCUUUCUCUUUCUGCUGAGUUUCCACGCUAGGUUUCAGAAUGUCUUCAUUACAGUUUGCUGGCCGACAUAGAAAGGAUUUAAGUACUGAAAUGAUUAGAACUAAAAUUGCUCAUAGGAAGUCUCUGUCUCAGAAAGAAAACAGACAUAAAAAGUAUGAACAAAAUAGACACUUCGGUUUGAAAGAUGUCAACAUUCCAAUUUUGCAAGAUAGAAAUCUUGAAUUAAGUAAGACAACUCAAGAACUUGUUCUAAAAAAUACUAAGGAGACGCAAUGUGAGCAACGGAAACACAUGCUUCAAAAAUACAAAGAAGAAAAGCAACUUCGAAAACUGAAAGAACAGAGAGAGAAAACUAAACAAGGAAUAUUUAAAACAGGUCUUUAUAGACCUGAUAAGCCUCAUUUUCUUUGCUCAAACCAGAAGACUAUGAAAACUGAUUCAAAAAAGGAUUUUCAAUCUUCUGUACGGAUUACAAGGUCAAAGGCCAAAGAGCAAAUGGAACAGACUAAGAUUAAGAAUGGGAGUGAUGUUUGGGCAAUCCAACCUGGUCAAAGACAAACUUCUGAAAAGAAAUUUUUGGACAAGGAGAAAAGAGCUCUACAGUCUGCAGUGCCCACAUCUAUGAGAAUGACUCGUUCAGCCACUCAAUCAGCAAAACAGACUGUUAGAGAAAACUCAUCUACUGCAAGGAUGCCAGAGUGUUUGGAAGCAGAAAAAGAGUCAUCAAGUAAAGGAAGACCUCCUAAAAAAUUAGAAACAAAACCCACUAAGGUCGUUUCUUUUAAAACUGAUAAUGAAAAAAAUACUUUGGAUUCACAAACCACUGCAACAAAUGGAAUGGAUCCAGAUGAAGUCUUAGCAGAAAAGGAAAACUCACCUAAGACAAAUACUACAAAAACGAAAAGGAAGGAUUCCUUUGCACCCAAAGAUUUUAUGUUUCAUCCAUUAAAUGGUGUGAAGACCUAUCAAGUACAGCCUAUGACUCCCAGGAGUGCUAAUGCUUUCUUGACACCCAGUUUUACCUGGAUGCCUUCAGAAACAGAAAUUCAUAAGACUCAAGAAGCAACAAAAGAAAAUUUGAUAGAAAAAUGUGAAAGUUACUCAGUCAAGACGAUCCAUCAAGAUUCAAAUACACUAGAAUGUUCUUUGAGUUCUCUCUCAGGUUGCCAUAAAGAACAUGGCUUAAAUAAAAAUGGAACUACUAAACAUUCAAAUGAUCUUCCAACAAAAGAAGUCCUGUCAGUUGAAAUGAAUGAAGCUCAGAUAUGUCAACCACAACACGAUGUGCCAUAUUUCAGAAAUGUGCUCCAGUCAGAAACUGAGACAUUAACUUCAUACUGCCUUGAGUGGGACACAAAGCUUCAGCUGGAUAUUCCAGAUACUGCUAAAGAUCUUAUUCGCACAACAGUUGGUCAGACACGACUCCUCAUGAGAGAAAGGUUCAGACAGUUUGAAGGACUGGUUGAUAACUGUGAAUAUAAGCGUGGUGAGAAGGAGACUACCUGUACAGAUCUGGACGGAUUUUGGGAUAUGGUUAGCUUUCAGAUAGAAGAUGUAAAACAAAAAUUUAACAAUCUGACCAAACUUGAGGAAUCUGGAUGGCAAAGUAAUAACACAAGCAAAAAAGUCUUUCGGAAAAAAGUUGUCUCAGGUAUAGCAAGUAAACCCAAGCAGGAUGAUGAUGGAAGAAUUGCAGCUAGAAAUCGCCUGGCUGCCAUAAAAAAUGCAAUGAGAGAGAAAAUUAAGCAGAAAGAACAUGCUGAGACAGCAGACUCCAUAAUUCCGAAAGAGGUUGAUAAAAUAGUGUUUGAUGCUGGAUUUUUCAGAGUCGAAAGCCCUGUUAAAUCAUUCUCAGGACUUUCUAUCUCUUCUGAUCAUCUUUCUCAAAGACUUAGGACACCUAAGUUUGGCAGCAGUGAAGUGACUGGGAACAGAGCAGAGGUGGACCAUUUGGCACAGGUGAUGCCCCCAGAGAUUGCUCAGCCAGCAUUAUUUGAAAAUAAAAGUCACACUGUGGAAUGUCAUCUUGAUUCUCCACGUCCAAGCAGCAGUAAUCCAUUUAUUCAGAUGGAGAAGAAACAACAACAUACCAGACAAGUUUCUUUUGGUGGUGAUCUGAUUACCUUCUCACCUCUCAGGCCUCUCAGUGGAGAACAACCAUAAGAAUCUUAAAUUAAAAAACAAAGCAUUCCUCUUCAUACCAUCAAUGCUGUGGUACAUUCUUACAUUGUUAAAAAGUACGUGUUUCUGUUCUAUUAAUACUGUUUCUUAAGGGAGAUACUUUGUGGAGAUAUUUUGUAUAUUAACCAUGCAGAUUAAAAAAUAUGUUGUACCUUG